AUGGCCUCGACCUCCGCCUACAUGUGCGUCACACAGCCAGGUAGCUUGUCGAGUAUCCUGUUAGCGUGUCGUUAUCUUGCCGAGCGCAAGCAUGCUCUCAAGCUUCUCCUAUCAAGCACCGCUGCUCUGGUGGGUCCUCCCCACGAUAAGCACCCGACUUCGCUGGCACUCAUUGGCCACGUCGGGAAGGUGGGAGGCGAGAUCGGCAAAGUCGACGAUGAAUGUCCGUGUGUGCCGUGCCGCUCGAGCCUUAUCGAGUGGCCUGCGUAG